UUCUAGGGACUUUUGAAAUUACCCUAUAAUUUUGUAUAUGUACAUCUCUGAUAUGUAUUCCAGACGAGAACAGCUGACCUGUGAUCGUAUUGAUCUUAAAAGCCGGUGACUUCAUAACAGAAGGCAUAACCUGCUUUCAUUGAUAAGUAUAAGAGAUCUCUGCAUGGUACUCUACAAGUAAACAAUUGUUAAACAACAUCGCAAAUGAAUAAAAAUGAGUCAAUGAGCAGAUACGGCCCACUAGUAGGUGCUAUUGACGCAGGAACCGGCAGCUGUAGAUUUUUGGUAUUCGCGGCAGAGACUGCCGAGGUGUUGACCUAUCAUCAAGUAUCGGUAUCGCAGUCGUACCCCAAAGAAGGAUGGGUUGAGCAAGAUCCUGUAGAAAUAAUUAAGGCAGUGAAAGAAUGCCUUGAUCAAACAGUCUCCAAUUUACAACAGCUGACGAUAGAUCCUUCAGACAUCGUUGCUAUAGGUGUUACAAAUCAAAGGGAGACUACAAUCGUCUGGGACUCGCUAACCGGAGAACCGUUGUAUAACGCGAUAGUAUGGAUGGACAUGCGCACAACCAGGAUCGUCGACGAUAUCCUAAAGAAAGUACGCUUUCAAAAUAAGAAUUACCUGAAGCCUUUGUGCGGGCUGCCGAUCAGUCCAUAUUUCAGCGCCCUCAAGUUGAAAUGGCUUUUGCAAAAUGUUACAAGGGUACAGGAAGUGGUCACCGAAAAACGAUGCAUGUUUGGCACCGUUGAUUCCUGGAUAAUUUGGAACUUGACUGGAGGAAUAAACGGCGGUGUGCACAGCACAGAUGUUACCAACGCGUCGAGAACAAUGCUGAUGAACAUCGAGACAUUAAAAUGGGACCCGGUACUUUUGUCAUUUUUUGAUAUUCCACGAGAAAUCUUACCCCAAAUACGUAGUUCCUCAGAAAUUUAUGGUCACAUUCAAGAAGGAUCACUUAGAGGAGUUCCCAUCUCAGGGUGCUUAGGGGAUCAGCAAUCGGCGUUGGUCGGACAAAUGUGUCUGCAACAAGGGCAGGCUAAAAGCACUUACGGAACAGGCUGCUUCCUUCUUUACAACACAGGAUCUGCGAUAGUGGAUUCAUCUCACGGACUGUUAACAACAGUUGCCUACCAAUUCGGCCCUGAUGCUCAACCUGUAUAUGCACUAGAAGGCUCAGUGGCGAUAGCUGGGGCAGUGAUACGAUGGCUAAAGGAUAACAUGGGUAUAAUAUCGGAUGUGAACGAGUGCGAAUCGAUAGUGCGCCAAGUUUCCAACGAUAAUCGCAUAACUUUCGUGCCAGCAUUUUCCGGCCUUUAUGCCCCUUACUGGAGAAAAGAUGCUCGCAGCGUGAUAUGCGGAAUCACGGAGGACACAAACAGCGGGCACAUAGUCAAGGCAGCUCUGCAAGCUGUGUGUUUUCAGACGAGAGACAUUUUAGAAGCAAUGAAAAAAGACACCGGUUUGGUAUUGUCGAAACUUUUAGUCGACGGCGGUAUGACUGCGAAUAAUCUACUCAUGCAAAUGCAGGCGGAUAUUUGCGGUAUACCCGUGGUCAGGCCAUUGAUGUGUGAAACAACUGCUUUGGGUGCCGCGAUCGCUGCUGGUUGCGCAAGCGGAAUACGAAAAUGGGACGUUAAAUUAGACGCGGCUGUUCCAAGUGAUACUUUUCUGCCUUCCAUCACCGAGGAUGAACGAGACGUUUUGUUUUCUCAAUGGAAAAUGGCUAUAGACAGAAGUCUGGGUUGGGAGCCUUUAUUGGAUGAGGAUGAAGAGAUGGAAAAAAUUCAUGCGAUUACUGCGCCAGCGAUUUUCAUCAUGGGUGCGAUGUUUUUACUCAUUGUUGCCAAGUAUAGGAAACAUCCACUCGAGGAUCGAUUCGACGACAUCUGAACUCGUUAAUAUCGAACACCUUCAGAGUGUAAAUCAACUGACAAACGAUAACGACGUAUAUCUCACUCGUUCAAAAAUAUUGAACCUUUUUUGCUGCCAAAUUGCAAUAUGAAAUUGCAGCUAGUCAUUGUUAAGUUUUCAACUAUUAACGCAAAUGACCCUCAAAUGCAGGUAAAAUUUCGUUCUCGAGUUCGGAAAUAGCGAAGAUAAGCACGAAGAUGGGAGCUGUUUGGAGUUCCCGUGAACUUUGGGUAACAGGUAAAUCCCAUGUAUAAUUCUAUCACUUAUUUGUCCAUUGCCUGUUUUCAUGCUGUUUAUACUUUUUGCUGCGUAUUUAAUACUACUAAAUCGUCGAACAUGUGUGAAUUUUGGAUCUUGAUGAAUUAAACAUAUUCGUUAUUUUUGCAAAUCGAUCGCGCCUUUUGCAUCGAUUUGAUAUUUCCUGUACCAUAAUGAAAAUAUGAGAUGACAAUUUUCUUAUUUUCUGUUCUCUACUUUCCGAUUCACCGAUAAUUUAUGUCAAGUUAGAUGACGCGCUUUUUGCACGUGGAUUUGAUUGUAAUUCCGCAACGCGUCCGCAGCAAAGUGGAAACAUCGAGUGCGUUAAUUUGAAUUAUUAUUGGGAUUGUCACUCCUACUCAUCUCUGCUAAUACAACUAGGCUGAUAGCUGACCGUUGACCGUGUUUUUUCACAUGUGCAUAGUAGAAUAUGUAUAUUGUUGAUUAUGUUUAAUUAAUUUAAGCGACAAAAGGAAUU